UUCCCAUGGAAGAACGGGAGUAAAACCGAAGGACAAUUAAUAGCGGUAACGCAGACAUUAAAAACUCAGGUAAUGCUACUUUUUAAAUGUUAAUAUCAACAUUAUGACCUUAUAUCCGAAGGAGGAAUCGCAUUUUAACCUGCAACGCAACGACUAGACCCGUUCAGCUCCUUCAAAGUAAAAGAUAAUCAUCGGUUUAUCUGUGCGCUAAAAUGCCCACUGAAGUAAAGCAGAGGAAGAAACCACAAAAACAAAACGAUGAAGCCCCAGAGGCGUCGACUGCGAACGGAAAAGAUGAAACGAAAAAGGCAAAUAAAGCGUCUUCGAGCCUGGACAUUAAAAGUUUAAUGUGCUUAUUGUCGCUGGCAGCAUGCGGAGCUCUGGGCUGGGUGGUUCUGCAGCAGAAUGAGAGGUUUUCUCAAAUUGAGGAAAAGUACAGAUCCCUACAAGGAAAAACUUCCAGUCUCUUCGACAUGGAGGAGGAGAUAGUGAAAGUCUCCCAAAAGCUCGCCUCCUCCGAGGACGACCUACAGGAGGCGCUCUCCACCGUCUCCCUGGCGGCGCGGCUCCAGCAGGACGUCUCCGCCCUCCACGCCGCCGUCGUGGCGAUGCAGGACGACGAGAACUCGGCCUCCCGCGACCUGCAGGCGGUCAACGGCCACUUCCUCAACGUGACGGAGACGUGGCAGGAGCGCCUGGCCGCCAUCACGUCCGACCUGACGUCCCUCAAGGCCGAGUCCAGGGAGGCCCACGCCGGCGCCACCGAGCGGGUGAACGAGGCCGAGCGGAGGGCCCGGUCUCUGGACAAGAGGCUGGAGGAGCUCGACGACGGCACGAAGAGGAACGCCCGAGCCCUGGAGCGCACGGAGGAGGAGGACGCCAAGAGGGCGCAGGAUCAGCUGGACUGGAACACCAAGCAGAUCCACAAGCUGGAGGAGCAGAUCAGCAGCCUGGUCAAGAAGGAGGCUGAGCUCGACACUCAGCUCCAGGAGCACAUCCCCCGCGCGCGGGAGUGCGAGGGGCACCUGCCUCAGGUGGAGGAGGCGGUGCGCUCCAUCCUCAGACUCGGCGGCGACCUGAGCGCGGCGGAGAAGAGGCUGGAGGAGGUGACGCUGCAGGUGUUCGGGACGGAGGACAGCAUGCUGAAAGCCCUGGGUGAAAUCCUGGAGAUCAGACAGGAGCUGGACACCCUGCAGGCCCACAACAGCAUCCUGAAGAUGAAGAACGAACUGUCCGUGGUCAAGGAGGCGGUCCACGAACUCACCAUGGUGCUGAGGGGGAGCAGGGUGCACACUGAGGUGGAGGUGGAGGAGGAGGAGGAGGACAUUAAUGCUCUGGAGGAAGGGGAGUGGAAAGAGGAAGAGUCGUAGGAAGACGUUGCCUGUGAGUGAUGUCAUUGUUUUGAGUCGCCUUGGAAAAAGGAGCGUCAGUGUUUAGGCGUACAGUUUGCUCUAAGAGACUCUUAUUUAAGUCAGUGUUAAAGGUUUUUACCUCAGUGUAAUGUCAGGAACACAUGAUUGUCAUCACACAGCUACACUUUGUAACCUUAAAUCCACUUGCACUGAUAGUUUUACAGCUAUAACCAUGCCAAUAUUACACAAACAUAUGAAUGUUUAGUUGAUUAGAUGAUCAACAGUUGUGCUAGGUUUUUUUUUUCCUGUCGUAUUUAAUAGCAAACUGAAUAGUUUUACGUUUUUGAAUCUUGGUUAAGGUUCAAAAUCUGAAUGUGAGGACACUGCUGUUGCUUUCCUUUCUGUUUCCUCAGCAAUGAAUUGUCAAAAUAAACCAUCAAGAACACUGUUCUGAGAAGCUUUUCAUUUUUUUUUUUAAUAAAAUCACUUUUUAUUUUUGUUUAAGAGAAAA